AGGUGUGUAAACUUUGCAGUAGCAUGACCAAUUGUGUGAUAGUGAAUUUGUCCCCGAGCGAGUAAAUAGCUAGCCAACGUGUAAACUCCGUGCAAUUUACAGUUAACUUGUUUAUACGCUGUGUGAUUUAGGCAGGGAAGAUUGAGCGACUUCAGAGCAUAUUAGAUGUUUAACAGCUGAAGAAAGAAGCGCCGAAUGUGCACUAAUGUGUUUAAAGUUAACAGUCACUGGUGUGAUAGAGAGGAAGUAUCAGUUAUAAGAUUGAUGUACUUCACUCAUCCCUCAGAUGUUAACAGUCAUUGGUGUGAUAGAGAGAAAGUAUCAGUAACAAGAUUGAUGUACCAACCUUAUCCCUCAGAUGGAAUAACGAGAAUUUUGGAAAACAAGAAGUUGGGAAACAAGCAAGCAAGACACAGUCAUCAGAAGAAGCCAACAAGUAUUAGACGAAAACACCUUAUUUACAUUCAGGACUGGUACCUUUACGGCAACGUCAUAUUCUGAUUUAAAUAUGCUUAAUAAUUAUGAUUUUGUACUUAUAUUAUAUUUCAAAAUUUGUUUUUUGUUGACUUAUCAACAUACAUACAUAUAUGUACACGAUUCAUUUUCCAACUAUAUAUUUUUUGGAACUGUUCAAAUCAUUCUUAAAUUGUGAAAUUAAAUACAAUAUAACAAGAGUAUAAUAAGGUUGUUGACUUCAAACUACUUGCCCCUCACCGCUGUGUGGGUUCGAAUCCCAACAUGAACUGUGGAUUCUUUUAUGUGAGGAAGCUUACGGAACGUCGGUGGUUCACUCAGGUGCCCGUUCUUGCCUGAAAUAAUGCUUGGAAGGGCACCUGAGGUCUUCCUCCACCAGUAAGCUGGAACGUCGCCAUAUGACAUAUACUGUGUUCAUGUGACGUAAAACCCAAUCAAACAAAUAAACAAGAGUAUAAAAGUAUAUACAUGUACAUGUAGAUUUAAUUGAAGUAAUUCAUAUUUAGUAAUUAUAAUUGAAAUGGGAAAUUAAUGAUUGCAGCGAUAUUACAUUUAUAAGCAUUACAAUUAAGGCAUGUUAAGGACAAUUAUGUCAUUUUAUACAUUAAAGCUGCAUGCCUUCAGGUGAGCCGAAAUAUUUCAAGAAAAUUAAGCUAUAUACUUGUGUACAUAUACAUGUACAUAUAAUAUACUAAGAUUUUUAAAAAGCUCCACUGAGGCCCAAAAGCAUAUAACAUAUUUUUUUUUGAAUUUCUUCAAUAGAUCAACAAAAGAAAUAUACUCAUAAAAAAAUGAAAAUAGUAUUUUU